AUGAGCCCCGGCACUCCUUCCCAGCAGUGCCUUUCUGGAGAGGCACGGGGCAGGCAGGGGGAUGGGUGCCAGCCGGCGCCCGGAGGUCUGCCCGGCUCGGAGCCCCGGCUCGGGGCAGCCGCCGCGGCGCUGAGCGGCCGCCCGGGCGGGCGAUGUGCGGGGAGCAGGGAGGGCAGGAACGAGCCCCGGCCGAGCAGAGCUGAGCCAGUUCCUGCUAGCAUAUCUGGAAACUGUGAGCAGCUAACGCCCACAGCCAAGCCCCCGAUGGGACUAGGGCCGAGCUCCUGCACUCCUGACAGGGAUGAAGUCAGCACCGAGCUGAGUCAGGGCUGUGCCAGAGGUUGUGACCUGUGCUCUGAGUUCAAUGGGUGCCUGAGGUGUUCCCCCAAACUCUUCAUCCUUCUGGAGCGGAACGAUAUCCGACAAAUUGGGAUUUGCCUGCCUUCUUGUCCGCUGGGAUACUUUGGCCUUCGCAAUACGGACAUGAACAAGUGCAUCAAAUGCAAAAUUGAGAACUGUGAGUCCUGUUUCAGUCGAAACUUUUGCACAAAAUGUAAGGAAGGUUUGUAUUUGCACAAAGGGAGAUGUUACGUCACAUGCCCUGAAGGCUACGCUGCUGCCAACGGCACCAUGGAGUGCAGCAGUCCUGCACAAUGUGAAAUGAGUGAGUGGGGGCCGUGGGGGCCCUGCUCCAAGAAAAGGAAGCUCUGUGGCUUCAAGAAGGGCAAUGAAGACCGAACAAGGCGGAUUCUGCAGGCUCCCUCUGGGGACGUGUCUCUGUGUCCUGCAACCACAGAGGUGCGGCGAUGCACGGUGCAGAAGAACCAGUGCCCUGAAGGGAAAAGGAAGAAAAAGGAAGAGCAAGGAAAGCAAGAUAAUGGGAAUAGAAAUCGGAAAGACACCAAAGACACUAAGUCUGGCACCAAGAAGAGGAAGAACAAACAGAGAGGGGCCACUAUGGCCGCGACGCCCGCUAGCCCUGCCCAGUAG